GUCGCGAACCACGACGGGCAGGCGGUUCACAGCAGUAUUCAGCGCCAGACUAUCCUUUGACAACCCGCUAUUCUCCGCGACGAUGACCAACAUUGACUCCUUCCCCAUUCCCUCUAGCUCAUCUAUCAUUUCCUUCGAGGUUGGCGAUCUGUUGGAUUCAUGGAACCCGCCCGUCCUCGCCGAAUCACUAUCUAUCGACACACUCUCGACCUCUUCGUCUGCGAUCUCUAUACCGUCUCUACCGCUAGGAUGUAUGAUAACGAGACCUGCCAUCGUCGAUCUGAAGGGCGGACUUCAGUCAAGAUUCGCGAAGGUCACUGUUCCGACGGUGCCGAGGAUGCGGGCUAUGCUCAAGGACGAGCCUUGUGUAGAUCGGUGGCUGGACAACCUGCGUUACUCCAGCAUACCUGGGCAUUCGCCUUGGGGUGAAACCGAAGACGCGGCCGCACCGUCUUGGCUGCCUGAGGGAUCCUCCUACACACCUGAGGCCUUCCGACAAGCACUCAGCUCGGCUCGCUCCUCUCCCGCGUAUCAGACGAUCUUCCGCAAGGCCCGCUCUUCCGCUCCCGGCGAUGGCUCCUCUUCCCCGACCUCGCCGACGCCCAUCUCGCCGACCCUCUUGCGGCGGAUGUCCUAUCACCCUUCCUCGUUCCGGGACGCCCUAGUCUUUGAGCGCGAGAUCAGCCUGAAGUCCGAGGCUGGCGUCAAGCGCUGGUCGAUGCAAGUCCCCGCGAGCACGAUGAAGCCCGAACUCGUCGACAUCGUCGUGGAACUACAGAAGCUCAACUCGUUCUUCAAUGACGGUCUCACCGAUCUCAAUCAAGGCGUCAGUGCCCUCGAUCAGCACAAACAACGCGUUACGACGCCCGCCUUGACAGUCUCCGACUCGCACGAGACUAUCCCUCUCCCGCUCGAGCGAGUCAAGGAGAAUACCACGACCCUCAUUGCGAAUCGCCGAGGCAAGAAAGCACCGCCGGCCCUCAAUCUUAAGCGACAGACGCCCGAGGACACGUACCCUGGCAUUCCGACUGCAUUCUUAGGGACUCCGUCUGCCUACCAUCCUGAACUUGACCCGAGGCCAAAGCGCGAAGGCCCGGCAAUGAACAUCAACGACAUGAUCUCCUCUCUGCGCUCUCAGUGUGCGGCCAUCUCGCGCUCCCCGACGUCGGAGGUCGCGUCUUCCCCUCUUGAGUCGGUCUCGGAAGAACCUGAAGAGUCGAAGGUCGCGCGGAACCACGAUAACGCCCAAGACUACAUGAGCGCCAAGGACCAACAGGCUCUCGCCUUCUCAGUCGCUGUCCCGCAACUCUCUGACGACGAAUCGCUUAUGCGCCGAACCUUGCCUCUCGACCUGGUCGACAUUCAGGAAACUCUGUCAGACGUUGGCUCGGACCACCUCACCGAGUCCUUCUCGGACUUUUUGCGCGAGUUCGAGUCUGAAGCGCUGCAGCCGCCUUCGAUGCCCGGAACGCCUAUGAUGCCGCCGUCUCUGCCUCUACCGUCCCUACCGCCUUUGACUUUGCCUGCCGUACCUACGCGCGCUCUACCGGACCCGCCCGCUGGCUCGCUCGAGGAAUUACCUACCGUCGACCACCGUAACUCGCUCGAUGACAUGGACUGGUCCCCGCCGACGCCUCCGCAGCCCUGCCGCUCGCCUUCGCCUAGCUUGAGCCCGCGACAGGGUGGGUUGCGUGGGAUCCUGAAGGGCGGGAAGAACGUGCGCUUCGCGUCGCUGCCGACGAAUCGGCGGGAGACGUCGCCGGGGGCGAUUGAGGCGUAUGCGGCGGGAAGGACUGGAGAUGGAGACGGGGAGGACGUGGGCGACUGGGGCGGGGAAGGGCAGUGGGCGCUGGAUGAGCAGGAGGAUGUGAUGGAGGACUACUUCUCGAGGGAGCGGAAGGGGUCGAUCUUGAAGUCGCCGACCGAGGCUUCUUCGUCUUCGAGAUCGUCGACGGAGUCUAUGCGGUCGCCUACGGAGGCUAUGCGAUCGCCGACCGAGUCCACCGGCCAAGGCUACCCGACCUCCGCUCGUGGGUCGACACUCCACUGGGUCCGCAUCGGCGAGGCAGCCCGCGGUACCAGCGAGGCAGCCACCGGUACCAGCGAGGCAGCCGUCACCGGUCCCAAGACGCCCUUCGCCGCUGCGCUCGACGUUUACAGCGUCGGCGGGGGUGGUUCCAGCGGUGCCGGCGCUUCCAGUGGGUGUGAGGGCGUCGAUGGUCUCGCCGGGCAGGGCUACUAUGCCCGCUGUCGCCAAACCCACCAUUGCUUCCUCCGCGAGGUCGACUAUGCCCGCGACUGCGCGGUCAACUAUGCCAGCGACGACGAAGUCCAUCCCAGCCUCUCCUGCAAGGCUCAUGAGCUCGCCGGCCAAGACUGCGGUCAUUUCACCCGCGAGGUCGAGGAUGUCGUACGCGCCAGUGAAGGUGACGCCCGCUGCUUCGAAGAUCGCGACGCCAUCGGGGAGGACGACGCCGGCGGCAUCCGGGAGAACAACGCCCUCUACGGCAAGCAGGAUCCCCGCUUCUUCUGGCAGGGUUACGCCAACGCAGGGGAGGGCCACACCGACUCAGGGGAAGGCCACGCCGACGAGCAGGAUCCCAGCCGCGACGACUCCGACGGCCGCGAAGCCUACCCCAUCUGCGACGAAAGCCGCUCCUGCCAAGUCGCGCGCGAUCUCGAUGAUGCCUCCACCCAGGACAGAUGCGUCGACCAGACCGACAAGCACCCCCGCUAGCCCGCCGCGGCAGCGCACGCCCCUCGCUCGAGCGUCCGUAGCCAACGGAGCUCUCUCCUCAUCAAAAGACCCCUCUGUUCCUUACACCAAGCCUGCACGCCCGAUGACCACUGGCGCGCCGAUCAAGCAGGACGAUGAGGUCAGCAAGCCGUUGGAAAGUCCACGACGCGCGCCAGCGACGCCAGCCGUAGGGAAGGAGAACAUGGCCCCCAGCUCUGGCACUGUGCGCAGCAGCAAGAUGGCAGCGCCAGCGUCGCUUGGGAGGAAGGGUGGUGGGUUUAAAGAUGAGAAUGCGGCGAGGAGUGAUGGGAUGGGAACGACGAGGAGCGAAG